GGCAAAGACACGACGUCAGGAGAGAGUAGAGCCAGCACACAGACCAGAGUCCAGGGUCCCGACUGCAGCCGGCACCUCGCGUCCGUCGCCUGAAGAAGGACUCAAAAGACGAAAGCUAGAGGCGCGCUACUGGAAAGAGAGGAGACGCGCACUUGCAAGCGACGUGAACUUCGUUAUUCGGUAGCGAUGAGGCGGCCCACGUACGUCGCCGCGGCGCUGCUGCUCGCCGCUCUGUCACCGUCUCUGGCGGCCGACGCUGACCCCGGCGCGUCACCGCCGCUGCCGUCGCCGACGGCGGCGACCAAGACCUCCACCACCGGCGCCGCCGCCUCCGCCACCACGACCACCACGACCACGACCACCGGCGCGAGCGGCACGACCUCUGGCGGCGGCGCGUCCGUGACUCGCACGGCGCUGCACGUGUCGCGCAGCCUGGACCCGGCCGGCACGGAGACGCUGGCGGUGCGCACGCGCUCCGGCGACGUCGCGACGCUGCUGGUGAAGCGCCGCGGCGCCAAGGCGGCGACGCCGCCCCCGCCGCGCCCCGUCAGCGUCGCGUCGCCCGCCCUCACCGUCGCCGACGCCGGCGCCGGCGCCGGCGGCGCGGACCGCAGCGUCGCCGUCAGGGGCAAGCUGACGUUCGCCGACCCUCACCACCAGGCGUCGACGGUAGACGUCGUGCCGCGGCCCGUCAAGGUCGUCUUCGGCGAGCAGCCGUCGCCUUCGCCGUCGGCCAAAGCUCUGUUCGGCCAGCCCCAGGACUCCACUGACGGCUCCAGCGUGUCGAUCCGCGUGUCCCCGGUGGGGCUGGUCUUCAAGGACGACCCCCCGGCGGCGUCGGCCGGCGGCCGGCAGGAGCGGCUGGUGGCCCAGCCCCUCGGCGUCCCGGCGCCGGUCUUCGUGAGCUCCGGGAAGCUGGUGGUGGCCGGCGACGCCUCGGCCAGCAAGGGCUCCUCCGAGGACUGGUGGCGCCGCCAGAAGAGCGUCCUCAAGGUGGGCGCCGACGGCAUCCCCGUGGUGCACGGCGUGCGUGUGCCCGACGACGAGUCCGACCGCUUCCAGACGUGGCGCAACGCGCGCGUCGUCGACAACGUGCUCGUGCCAAACGCCUGGGACGCCGCCAACCCUGCAAGGUCGGUGUCUGCAGACCACUCCGGCUGGGAACCGGCCAGGCCCACCCCGGCACCGGAGGCUGCUGGCACCGCAGAGCAGGGAGACGACGGCUUCCAGCCCAUCCUGCAGCGCGUGGCGACGCUGGAGCGCGACCCGAGCAGGGACCGCCUGCUGGACUACAUCAGCGCCGUCAACAGGAGGCACGCCUUCAGCAUCCACGCCAGGAGGUCUGACCCCGCCGCCACCCAGUACCAGCAGUUCAGGGCCAGGCUGCUCCACCACCCCGGCGCGCAGGUCUACCCAACAGCGGCGCUGUACGCCGCAGCCCCACAGCAGAUCAAGCCGCCAAAGGUGCUGUCCUUCGAGGAAGGCGUGCGCCCGCCCGUGCUGCACUACGCACACCCAGAGCUCGGGGUGCAGCCAGCCAAAGUGGUCCGCAAGAAGGACGAGGACGGCGAGGACGUGGAGGACGAGGGCUCGCUGAGUGACGUUGAGGUGGAGCGCGACGAGGACCUCGACAGCAGGAGGGCGACCCUUCCCCAACCCCAACCCCAGACCCAGACCCAGGGUCAGAGCCACACCUACGGCGGUGACUCCAGCGCCAGGAGGGGCGGCGGCCGGCAGGCGGACCGCGAGGACUCGGAGCGCACCGCGGGGAACUCCCUGGCGCUGUCCUACUUCGCCGACGACAUCCACAGCGACCGCAGCCCCUACGUCGGAGGCUUCGAGGUGGCCGACCCCGAGACGGUGGACAUCACCACGUCCAGGCCAGAGGAGCCCCGCGGCAAGGCCCCGCCGCCACACCAGCAGCAGCUGCAGCAGCACCCACUCAAGGGCCGGCUGCAGGACCCGGACACGUACGGCCUCGCCAGCGACAAGUACGUCCGCCGCUUCCCGUACGGCGGCUACGUGGACGGCGGCGACAACCUCCACCUGCACAGGUCCGCCCUGCACGGGAAGCCGGCUUACUACUAUCCCGUCGUGCAGAGGGUCGAAGAACGCCCCUUCUGGGAGAAGGUGGCUGAGGCCAUCCGGGAGAAGGUGCAGAUGGGGGUGGAGAGGAUGUCCGACCUGACGCGGCCGGUGAUGGAGCCGCUGGUGGAGGCGACGCACAAGAUCUCGCACAACCUGGGGCUCGGCGCCCAGGCCCCGGGGUCCGGCUUCCAGGACAAGAUGGGCGGCGUGGCGGCGGUGGCGGCGGCGCACCCGGCGCUGCUGCCCGCGCUGGGGCUGGUGGCCGGCGGAGCGGCGCUCGGCCUGGGGGCCGUCGCCGUGGGCCGCUUCCUCGACGUCGACGCCCUGCGCCGCAGCGGCGACGACGCCGGCGCCGACCUGCCACUGGAGCACAAGCGCGCGCUGCAGGCCGUCGCGCAGACGCUCGGGGACCCCCAGCAGCUGGUCGUAUACCGACCCGGCACCGACGGCGCCGACCAGCGCCCGAAGAGGGCCUCCGGCGACCGCGACCGCGACGUCAUUCUGGUGCUCGAGGAGGCACCCGGUACACCAGUCAGGACCAAGAGGUCUACACCGCCACUGAGCGUCCCGAGCUUCGACUACGGGCUGUGGACGGCUGCGGCGGCGGCUGGUGGCGCUCCUGCGUUGGGCGGCGAGGACGCGCAGGAGAGGUUCCUGGAGGAGGCGUGGAGUGGCGCCAGCCGCGACCGCAGCGCUGCCCAGCGGGUGGCUGGCGCCAGUGGACCGGCGGCGUGGGCGCACACGCCCUGCGCCAAGAGGCUCUUCUGCGAGGCGCUGCUGUCGCAGUCGCACGACGCCGCGCUCUUCAUGGAGAAGAGAAUGGCCGCCUUCCUCGCGCUGGUCCGUGGCGACGCAUCCGUGACGCACCACCUGAACGACGUGAUGUCGGCCGUGAGGAGGGGGGACUGCUCGGCAUUCGCCUGCUCGUCUCUGCCGGGACCGCGGUAGAUGGCGCCAGCCAGCGACUUGUCGAGGCUGCACUGAGGUGGCCACGAGAAGGCGGUGGCGCGAGGCUAUCGAGAAGGCGGUGGAGUGCUCCCACCGCCUGUGUCAGAGACGCUAACAGCGACUGGCCAACGGUGCACACUGUGUGGUGUUCUGAUAACCUAGCGAACUGGAGCCCCUCUACCGCGACUGAUGUUCAGUUGAUUCUAACGCUCGCAACUGAGAAAUGCUCUGCACAAGGGAAGAGGAGAAUUUACUGUGUCACGUACAGUAAGCACGAGCAGGUCCGUCCGUCCUUACUCGAAGCAAGAAAGUCCGUCCACUGCGUCACAUUCAGCAGAACUGUUCCUUGGGAGAAAUAAGGCUGUUUGCAGCUGGUAUUGUAUCACACGAACCAGGAGACACGCAAACGCACUAAAAUAUUUUUACUGUUCUCUAAGAAGACUCUUCCACGAUGAGGCUGCCUCGACAGAAAUCGAAUGGCAUUGACGGGUAUUUAUCGCUGAUCGCUGCCAACGUUAGCUAGCAGACGACUCAAUGUUUGAUGCGCCUACGUCAUUAGAAAUAGAAAUGACAAGCAUUAAAAUGUUAAAUGCAACAGAGUUCUGCAACAUCUUAUUUAUUGGCAUGUUUUGUCGCAUUUAACAUUGUUUUGGCUGCAAGCUUACAAUAGUAGCAGCCGGAGAGCGUUCGACACCUGUCAGUGUAUUUCGAUUUCUAGCGUUUCAGACACUCGCCGACAGUGCACGUACAGUAGUGAAUCUUCAACGCAAUUAGCUUCCUAACGGAAUUUCCCAUGAGAGAGCCAACCUCAGACGUGUUGUUAGAAUUGUUGUUCACAGAUAGAUUCGCCAUUCGCCGUCAACAUCAUCUCAGAAACGACAAAAGUCACUGUUGCGACAAGUGUAGACAACAUCCAGCUGACCCUCCAUUUCAAAACUAUAGGUUGUGGUGUUCUGAGAAACAAGAAAAGGCGCGUGAACUGUUUUAGUUGAACAAAGUGUGAUCUCGCAUCUAAAACUAUUUUCUCUCUCCUUCUCUGCCUUCUCUCCCUUUUAACCCCAUCCCUGUUGAUUGAUAUAAUGCCAGAGCUGGUGACACAACAACUGAGUUGUUUAAAGACACGUCUGUCGCAAACUUAGAAGUAAAAGCUGACCUCAGAUAUAAAAUGCACGUAAAUAAAUUGGCCAUAAAAUAUAGUAACUUCAAAGUAUGUACAUUUCAUCUAUUAUAGGGAAAUAUUACUGGGCUCUCGAUUUGGAACCAGCUGUAUGCAAGUGUGAUCAUCAUCAAUAUAUCAUCAUCAUCAUCAUGACCAUUACGUCAUCAUCAUCAAUACAUCAUGACUUUUAUCAAUGCAUCAUCAUUUGCAACAAGCUGACUGCAAAUAUCAUCAUCAAUACCUCAUCAUCCUCAUUGCAUCAUCAUCAACAUUACAUCAUCAUCAACACCUCCAUUACAUAAUAAUCAUCAUUAUAUCAUCACAUUAAUAGUACAGCACCAAAAUUGCAUCAUUAUUGUCGUUAUUACAUCGUCAUCAUGAUCAUCUUCACAUCAUCAUUAUGAGAAUUACAUCACCAUCAUUACUAUUACCAUUACAUUACUAUCAUCAUCAUCAGUACAUCAUCAUCGCCAUCCUUACUAUUGCAUCCUCAUUAUAAUCAUUACAUCGCCCCACCUAAUGAUCAUCAUUAUUACAUCUCAUGACUUCCUGACAUUUUUGGGGAGCAUAGGCCAUUCACAGAGAUAUCCAGAUGACCCUGCAUUUGACCGUGACUUUCAUCUCUGCUAUUUAUUUCGCCGCUUGGAAUCAUUCCUCAUCAACAGCGCAUUUACAGACGUUUCCACCCUUUCUGAUAUCUGUUGCACUCUCAGUCUAGGAAUCCCUCCUCAACAGCAUCAACUGGCUUCCUAAGCAUACUUCCUGACUGUCUCCAUUUCCUCCUAUUUAUUUUUAAAGUGAGUAGCCUCCUCUCAGUAGCUUUCCACACAUUUUCACGUGAAAUCCCAUGUGACCAUGGGAUCUGCAGAAUAUGUCGGGUGACCUACCACCUUUCACAUCUGUAGAAGACAGACAUAAUAAUCACUGCUGCAUCUUCAAAUUUUUUCCUUGACUUAUUAAUACGUUAAUAAUUUUUGCAAAGUUUGAUUACUAUGUCAUUGACUUUCUGUCUGAAAGUUGUAACGCUUUCGUCUGCCCCACCUGUUAUCGUAAGUGUGUUGUCACGCUAGACAAAGAAGUAACCUUACUGUAGUGAGUCUCCAGUUUUACUAUGAUUCUCUACCUCUAUCGGGCAGGAGUGUCCGGCAACAACGUCGCCUUUCUUUUCUGACAGCCAUUCCGUUUCUUUUCGUAUAUGUCAUACCGAUCUGUUACGACCCAAACUUCGCGUCUCUGAGUACGAUCGAUGUCUGUUGUGUUAUUUGCGAAUAAGCUCACUAGGACUACAGGAAGCACUUAGAAGCGAACGUUCGCCUUCCGUUAUGGCCGUAUUUCUUUCAUUCUCUUCCAGUGGACUUCCUCUCUCACUUCAGAGCGUGUUGUUCCAGUUUUCUUCUUUGGUUUUUCCUGUUGGGCAACGCGCCGUUUGUGACUUUUGGACCGAAAGAUAAAGCAGUCUCGAACGUCGUCUGGUGCAGUUCCUGUCAAUAUAAGAUUAGUUUUGAUAUCGCCAAUCCAUUUCGCUUUGUCCGUUUAGGGCUCACUCCAGUUGCCGAAGAAUUUGACUGUUUCCUUUUCAAGUCUGUCUGGACUUGCUGUGUUAAUGUUUCCAUGGAAUCUUAACCUGUGUUUUCUAAAUUCAUUUGUGUACCGGUAUUGUUUCUAUUUUCUGUUUGCCUCUGAGUCGCUUUUGUUAGUCUACAAGUUUUGGAUCGAGUAAGUUUCUUAUAAUUAUGCAUACAUUCGGCUCAAUGUUUUCAGUUACUGUUUUACUGUUCAAAAUAGAUCCAUAGAGACAUUCUAGUUUAAUUACUGUUACAUAAUAACUUUAUUUCAUGUGUUUUAGACACAUUUCUCGUUGUAGACAUUUUGGGUAACUCUGUAUGCAGUUUCCGUCUUCUGGCAUCUAACUUCGUUUGUUUUUGUUUCGAUUCCAUUUUCGUCAAGGUUUCACUGAGACAUGUAAACGAUGGAGCUAGUUUGAUCUUGGCAUGCUUCGUUUCCAUUAAUUUCUUUUUCCUUGUUUCUUCAUACAUAAAUAACUUUCCGAUCGUCGAGUAAUGCUCAAGAAUUGGCCGCGCUAGCGUCCCGUAUGCGAUUUCGUUUACAGGUGCAUUGUGCUCUCCCAGAACCAUCCUCUACUACUGAAUCCACGUAUUCAUCGUAUUUCAUAUCGCUUCUCUAAACAUUAAACCACAUCAUGUGCUGCGCAUGGUCACCAGUAAUCUCGUAAACUACACUGAUUUACUCACCGUUACCUAUACUGAUAUCGUGAUGACGACAUUAACACGAUAGGCUGAAGCGGUGUAAUCUUCAGGCUUUGGUCGAUAACCCGAAAAUACUAGGGCGGCAUUAAAAUUUUUCUUAGAAAAUCAAUCAAGGAUUAGUUUUUUUACGUAAAUGAUUUUAUUGUUUUUCAGAAUAUUCCCCUUUACCAAAAAUACAUUUUUUUGCAUUCUCUGAAUCCAUCCUUAAAGCAAUGAUGUCCCUCUCUCUCUUCCUUAGAUAGCCUCAGAAAACAGGCUUUUAUAAUGUUCCGCUGCUUCGUCUGGUGAUGAAAAAUUGCUUCCACGCAUUUUAUCUUCACUAUUUGGAACCGAAAAGUAAUCACAAGAUGCUAAGUCAGAGUUGUAUGCUGGAAUGUCCAUGGUACUCCUACCGUAUAUUCCAGUAUGUGUAGGAACAGCAAGCUGAGAAACAUGCCCUAAACAUAACACCUUUUGAGCCAUCGGCUGUGGUGUACAUAAUACGAUUUGAUUUAUGUUUUUCGGCAUUAAAUUACUAUGGGAAAGAAUGUGAAAUGACCCGAUCUGAAUCAACGGCGUUAAAGUGCGUGCCAUAAUCGCAAUGAAAGCGCAUCAAACUUUAUUUUGCUUCCGGCUGCAUUUAAUACGCUUUAAACGUGCUCCUUACAUGAACAAAUCUCAUUUGUUCUUAGAACCAUCUCAGGAUUCUCAUAGUAUUUCAUCAGUUUGAUAUUUAACUAACGGAGUCGCUAAGAAUACCAUUCCUCAGAACGAGAGAAAGCUGAGAGUGAAUAAGGAAGCCUGGAAGCUGGGAGAUGGCCUCCAGCGAGGGAUACACGGUGGACCAAUCCCGUAAAAUAUGCAAACGGCCCGCUUCCUGAAUAACGCAGGCUGGGAAAACGCAUUGCUUUCUCUCUGCGCUUUCUCCGAAACCGGAAGGCAGCCAAGAAACUCGAUGUGUUUCACUUUCAGUUUCCUCCGGCCGCUUGCCUCCUGGCUGUAGAGGCAGUCCAUCAGACUUAUGACAGCCACUCGGGCAGCUAAAUACCGCCGUGUCCGUAACGACUUCUCUAGACGUCUCUCUUUCCGCGGCCAUUACAAAGGUGUUCGCCUUACGUGCUAAUGCGAUGCCGCUUUCGCGGGAACUUGCAGGCGCUUUCCUCCGAUGUCUUCCGGCACGACUCUCUCUCUAUUCCACGAGUCGCCUUUCUUAAGAAAGAGCCGAUCUCAAAUAAAAUGAAAACAAUUAUUAUUGUUAUUAUUAUUUAGGUAUGAGCCCAAUAGGUCCACGCGAGGUGCAACCAAUCAGUGUCGCUUUUGUUGGUUGCCCUUCCUUCCUGUCCAAAUUUGUUUCAUCCUUUCGGAAUGAAGUCUCUUUCUUUCACCACACAACGGUGUUCCAGUCCGUUUUCUAAUUUCCCUCUGACCAACUUCCCAAUGAUAUAUCUUUUAUCUGAAUAUUUUUCUAUCUCUAACGUCUACCUGAGUUAUAUCAACUACUUCGAGAUCCUCCUUAAAUGCAGCGAUUCAUUUAACUGACUCAGUUUCGGCCAUGCUUCUGUUUUCGUAGAAUUCUACUAUUUAUUUUGUCAACAUAGUGGCUGUCAUUCUUUUAACGCGGCCAUUACAUUUAAGUCUUCGUUUUCUUAUGUCACCAUAUAUGUCUGUCUAUUAUUCUAUUUCCUUAUUGCUUCUCAACCUAUAAGUUUCUCCGUCAGUAAUUUUGGGGCCUAGUAUUUCCCUUAUAAUCUUUCUUUUUUUCUUCAGCUCUUUUUAUUUAAAAUUAAAGUUCCUGCUCCAUAAAGACAUUGAGGUUUGAUUAUAGUGCUGUAACCCCUGAGUUUACUAAAUUUAGAAAGUGACUUUUUAUUAUAAAUAUUUUGUGCUAAUCUGAAUGUAGUUGCUAUUUUUUGACAUCGAACUUCGUUUACAGCUCUUUCCAGGCCGGUUUCUUGCAUUAUUUCCCCCAAGCAUUUAAACUGAGAAAUUCUUUUAUUUUUUUCAUAUUUCGUGUUCAAAAACUUUUAUGCUUGUUUAUUAUUAUUCGAAUUUAGCAAACUCAGAUCGACGUGAAUUAGCUGAUUUAUGUCAUCAUAUUCUUUACCUUUUCUAGCACCGAAACCUCCAGAUGUCAGAAACUGAGAUCGGUGCCAAACGUUGUACGUCUAUAGAGUAUCAAGAAAAACACCGAUUUAGUUCGUGUUGUAUGCUGUUGUCCUGUGGAACAUGCGUAAACGGUAAUUAAAAGUAACAUCAGAACAGAGCACAAGAAAAGCGUUUCUGUGAGCGUAGGUCAUUUGGCAGAGCGUUAUGUUCUAGAGAUCCCGUGUUCAAACACCACUGGUGAUAAUUUUUUUUUAACUGCUCACGUGUGGCAUUGUUAAAUGGGAGAAUAUUUUCUUGACAUGUAAAAGGAAUUUUCGGAGUUUGUAACAAUGUUUUUUCGGCAGUCUGCUUUCGCUUCAUUAGUUUACAAUAGCGAACCUAUAGAGUACAUUUGAAUAGAUGGGUGCGGUGUUCUGUCGCAUAUGUCCUACAGAACGCCACACAUAUACAAAUGUGCUCACACGUUUGCUGCUGUCAACUAACGAAGCGAAAGCAGACUCUCGAAAGAACAUUGCUACUAACUCCGAAAAGUCCUUUUACAUGUCAGGAAAAUGUUUUCUCAUUUCAUUAGGAAUGAUUCCUGGCUUCGAGCUCCUAUCCUGGCUGCAUUCUUCGACGCUCAUUGGCGAGCGACACCUCGCUGUAAUUACUAUUAUUUCGAAAGCGAAUGUUAAACUUUGAUUCGAGAAGAUGGGGGAGGAACGGGAACAUAAUUUUCAAGAGAAAGCGCGCUUGUCCAACUGCACCUCCACUACGUUUGGUAACAAUCCUGCAACAAACAGUUUGUAUACGGUUCUGUUCUGCCGAUUGUGUACACUAUUCCGAGACAAAAAAUUUUAUGUCUGUAUGCUUCAAUUGAGGAUAUAUUAAAUUAUUUUGAGACACUUUCUCAUGUAGCCAUAUGGAGGAAGGCAAGUUGUCGUAUUUGCCUGAGUAAGGUUUCAUUUCAGCCCUACCUGCUAAUGCAAUUUGCCAGUCAACAUGAUUCGUAGAAUGUCAUUCAUACCUGUCGAAUAGAUGCGUGCCAAUCUGGCCUGUAUGCACUGUGAAUUAUUGUAACAUUUCUGUCUGUUGGUGUCGUUUUAUAAAUCAUGGAUCAAUCUGAUACGCUAAUCCAUUCGUAAUUGUCCAACGUCGUCUUCUGGGCACAGUUAUUCCACUCAACCACCUUGAUUAGUCCUCUCUGUGUUGCAGGCUCUCUAAUAACUUAUUAAUCAUCUUUAGAGCUAAAACUGGUCUUCCAUCUCUCAGAUCAUUUAUGCAGUGAGAGCGUUUGGAGUAUUAUCGCUGUCUUGCAGUCCAAAUACUCCGCUCAGGGUUUCUAGUAAACCAGUGAUGUGCAAUACAAUACAUUGUGAGCACCCAAUGUAUGGCUGUAAGCUGCGAACCAAGUCGACAGACAGACAAUGAGAAGCAGCAGAGCACUCUUUCACGUUCGUUAUUUCCCCUUCUUCUUUCUUUUUUCUUCCUUUUUUCCAUACGACAGCAGAAUGAAGGCUACAUUACACCCACAUUCCAUGUUUAUUACUUGCUGUACGUUUUCUCAUUGAAUUUCCGUAAGAAGCACGAGCGUUAAACACAAAGACUGAAAGUACAUUCCUCAGAAUAUUUCUCAAUUUAUGAAAAUGUUAAUUAUUGCAAUUGUUACAUUCGACAUUCCACUAAUUAUGCGAAAAGCUUUCACAGUAAAAGUGCUUUAGCAGCCUGUGUGAAUAAUUCGAACUCUCUUAGUUUUUUUGAAAAAAUCAAAAUAAACUACAUGACUCAUGAACUGGGCUGUCUACCUGCACAAUUACAGAACCGGUGAAGAAUGUGAUGAUUGACUCCAUAUAUGUAUAUAGUGAUCACAAGUUGUUGUUUACUGUUUAACAAUAUUUAUAAUUAUUUUAUUGUACUAUUAAUGUGUACAUAAUAAUCUGUUACUGUGUUUUAAUCUUACAUUAUCUCGUAUGUAUUGUGCAAUGAUGUGGAACUUUAUUUUGCUUAUUGUGUAUUAAUUUAUAUCUAUUUAAACAAUAAAAACUGCAUCUA